AUGUCACAGCAUAAUGGCGUCGAAGACAGGAGCUUAUUUGUAGAGCCAGAUCAAGGGGGUAAGGAUAUUACAAACAAAGCCACUAGAAUUUGCAAUUUUUCCAAUCGAACUUUCGCUCAAAAGAGCAUAGAUUUCGAACCUUUCGAAAGCUUCAAGUAUUACCCAUUUGAAAACAUUGUGGUUGAAGAUCAAAAUGUAACUCAGACAGCAAAUAAUGUUUACCAUCAUAUUAACGACUUAUUUACUGAACAAAGACACAUAUUAGAUCAAGAAAUCGAAAUGCUCGAUAAAAGCUCCCAGAAAACAGAGGAUUCCCUUGAAAGAAUCGAAAGUAACCUUUCGAAAAUUUCAGAACUCCUUAAGAAGAAACAAAAUAAGAAAAAAUAA